UUCGCCUUAUGUUUUUAUGCUACAAUUCCGUGCCCAUCAUGCCGUCCGGAUAUCGAGGCAACGGCCACAUCGCACACCCCCCGGUCAACGGCCACAUCAGCGAGUUCACCGCGGCGGAUAAAUAUUACACAAACGGUGGACCGAAGCUACGAACGUGGGCUGCGAACGGACAGCAACAGGAUCACCAGUCGACCCUAUCGAGACCCCGCUCCACCGAGGUGAUCACCGCGAACGGCAACGGGACGCUACCGAAUGGGCGACACAUUAACGGGGUGCUUACGCGUGGCCCAGGUGGACUGCACGAGGAUCUGGAGUUUCCUCCGACACCGCGAACGCUAUCGAAAAAGAAACAGAUCGUCUGGAUGCGGCCACACGAUAUGUGCGCACGGCCACAGUUUCGCAUCGCACCGCCAGGAACGCCACUAACGGCACGGGAACUUCCGGAACCGGUCGGCCCCGGUGAUCCCAGUUUGCUAGCGGCCCUCGGAUGUCUGUCGCAGUUGCCGCGACUCCUGGAACGGGUGGUGCCACCGGAACAAACCUUCGACGCUGCCAACGGUUACUGCGGGAUGUUCAAAUUCCGCUUCUGGCAGUGGGGCAAGUGGAUCGAGGUGCGCGUCGACGAUCGGCUGCCGACGCGAGGUGAUCGCCCUGCGCACAUGCACUGCGCCCAACCGGACAUCUUCUGGGCCGCGCUGCUCGAGAAAGCAUAUGCCAAAUUGUACGGAGGCUACACAUUUCUGAAGUACGGCACGGUCGGCCGUGCCCUGCAGGACCUGACGGGCGCGGUGGUCCAGAGCGUACCGCCCAGUGGGCCCCUCCUCGGUGGUGCCGUCCCCCGAUCGACACUGCUGAUCGCCAUCAGUGGAGUGGAAAAGGAAACUAAACGACGCCGAUCGGGCCUCCUGACGGAACAUCCGUACUGCGUGACCGGGCUGGCCCGUGUCCGGGCGAACUCGACCGACUCGAUAACCCACGGAGGCUCCUCAGCCGGCGACACCAGUCUGAUCCGGCUCCGAAGUCCCUGGAUCGGGGGCGAAUGGGGUGGCGUUUGGUGUGGGGCCUGGUCCGAACGGAGCUGGGAGUGGAACGCACUGAACGAGCGCGAUCGGGAGCUGCUAUCGUCGCGUUCCUCGAACGACUGCGAAUUCUGGAUGUCGGUGAACGAGUUUCUGACACGCUUCGUCGUCAUUUGGUUGGCCCACAUCGGCCCGGACGAUUGGGCCCUCGAGCCUGGCCUGCACACGCGCGCCCCCUGGCGGGCCGCACUAGCCGUACGCCAGUGGCGAGCCGGGUUCAAUGCCGGAGGACCCCAUCGAUUCGUCGAAACGACCGCCACCAAUCCACAGUUUCGGAUCCGCGUUCCACCAGGACACCCGUCGAAGGCGCACGUCGUGGUGGCCGUGGCUCAGAAAUACGAAUGCUACCGCAGCCGGAACUACGAGGAUGACGAGAUCGGGUUCACCAUCUACGAGGUACCACCCGGGAUGCAGCGCGUCACGCCGCAGUACGUGAGCGAACAGAUGCCACUGGACUUUGCGCCUCUCUCGAACCUGCGCGAGAUCGCCACGUUCUUUGCGCUGCCCGCCGGGGACUUCGUGGUGAUGCCCCACGCGGCGCAGCACCGCGAGGGCCGCUUUCUGCUGCGCAUCUUCGCCGACCAGCACACGGACGUGUGGGAGGUCAACGAGGAGAACCUGGUGAUCCACAACAUUGCGGCCGAUUUUUGCGACGAACGGACGAUCGAUGCGCGAAUCCUGUACAAGUUGCGCUCCCGGUAUCCGCACGAAAUCGAUUCCACGCAACUGCAGGCCAUCCUGAAGGCACACGGCGGAACCAACCGGGGUUUCCGGGGUCUGGGCGGCAUCAACUGUGGGCCAUCCUUGGAGCUGUGCCGCGGGAUGCUAGCUCUGCGAGAUCCAGCUCUCGGUGGUCGGCUGUCCAUCGAGCAUGUCCCGGCCCUGAUCGGGCUGAUGCGCUUCUGGAAGGCGGCCUUCCGGCGCUGUGGACCUUCGUCCUCCGGAACGGCCACGCUGAGCCGAGGAAUCUGGGCGUCGAAAGUCUCAUCGUACUGCCUGCGGGGGCUCCUGUGGGCUGGCGGGGCCACCGCCAGCAACAAGGUGCUGGAGGCGCUGGUCAGCCGAUUCACGCGCAACCGUCAGAUCACGCUCGAGGGCUACCUGCUGUCGAUGGCCCGGUUGCAUCUGGCACACGAACGCUACCAUAGUCUGGAUGCCAAAGCGAAAGCAAGCCCCUUAUCGUUAGAGGAGAUGAUUUUAAUGACCAUCUACUCGUGA